CGCGCUAGGACGAGAUUCCGUGGAUGUGAACGUGCGUGCCGUUGCGCGUGCGUAGUAUCAGGGGCAAGUCAGGGCUGAGGGGGUGGCCAUGGCGGCGCAGUGCUCCGGUUUGGUGCGACGGACUCUCCCGGCGAUCGCCCUUUCGCUGCGGACCUCUUCUAGACUCCUCUGUACAGCAGCAAAACAGAAAAAUAAUGGCCAGAACUUAGAAGAUGACUCGAGUCAAAAUGAACAGAAGACAGAUAGUACCUCUACAGAAAAGACACUAACUGAAGAGAAGGUCAAAUUAGAAGAACAGCUGAAAGAAACUUUGGAGAAGUACAAGCGAGCCUUAGCAGAUACGGAGAACUUGCGACGGCGAAGCCAGAAAUUAGUAGAAGAGGCAAAAUUAUAUGGUAUUCAAGGUUUCUGUAAAGAUUUAUUAGAAGUUGCUGACAUUUUGGAAAAGGCAACAGCAAGUGUCCCAAAAGAGGAAAUAAAGGAAGAAAACCCACAUUUGAAGAACCUGUAUGAGGGUCUUGUCAUGACUGAAGUCCAGAUUCAAAAAGUGUUCAAAAAGCAUGGUUUGCUCAAACUAGAUCCUGUUGGUGCCAAAUUUGAUCCCUAUGAACAUGAAGCCUUGUUCCAUACUCCAGUAGAGGGGAAGGAGCCUGGCACCAUUGCACUAGUAACCAAAGUUGGGUAUAAGCUACAUGGGCGAACCUUGAGACCUGCUUUGGUAGGUGUGGUUAAAGAACCGUAGCAGUCUAACUUUCUAACUCUUCCCCACGCUCGAAUGUGAUACGGCUUAUUAAAUGGAUAUUUUCCCCUUCAAACACUUUUCACGUUUUCUCACUCUUCAUGGAAGUAACCAGUGGCUCAACAGAAAAUUCACCCAGUCUUGAAAUUGCAUUAUUUAAUGAACUGAACAAUUUGGAAAGUCUGCAAAUCGAUUUUAGUGUUGUAUAUUUAAAGAGCAGAGCCUCUGAGGCACUCUUGUACUUGUAUAGUAUCUUGAAUAAUGUUUUAUCUGUUAAUAACCCUGGCUACUUACAAGGUAUGUUCAGUGAAUAAAUCGUCUCCAGGAAUUCUGCAGUGUGGCUGGCCAGACAGA